AUGUUCGCUGCUCGUCAAUCCUUCGGCUUCAUCCAGAAGCGGGCCUUCUCCGCCUCUGCUAGCCAGGCCUCCAAGGUUGCUGUCCUCGGUGCCGCUGGUGGUAUCGGACAGCCCCUGUCCCUUCUCCUCAAGCUCAACCCUCGUGUUUCUGAGCUUGCUCUUUACGAUAUCCGCGGUGGUCCGGGUGUCGCUGCUGAUCUCAGCCACAUCAACACCAACAGCACUGUCAACGGUUACCAGCCCGAUGCCAGUGGCCUUGAGAAUGCCCUCAAGGGCUCCGAGAUCGUCCUCAUCCCUGCCGGUGUCCCCCGUAAGCCCGGCAUGACCCGUGACGAUCUCUUCAACACCAACGCGUCGAUUGUCCGUGACCUUGCUAAGGCUGCUGCCAAGGCUUCUCCUGAGGCCAACAUCCUUGUCAUCUCCAACCCUGUCAACUCCACCGUCCCCAUCGUCUCUGAGGUCUUCAAGGCCGCUGGUGUCUACAACCCCAAGCGCCUCUUCGGUGUCACCACCCUUGAUGUCGUCCGCGCCUCUCGCUUCAUCUCCCAGGUCCAGGGAAGCGACCCCUCCAAGGAGGCUGUUCCCGUCGUUGGUGGACACUCUGGUGUGACCAUCGUUCCUCUGCUCUCUCAGUCCAACCACGCCAGCAUCCAGGGCACUACUCGUGACCAGCUUGUCAACCGCAUCCAGUUCGGUGGUGACGAGGUCGUCAAGGCCAAGGAUGGUGCUGGUUCCGCCACUCUCUCCAUGGCCAUGGCUGGUGCUCGCUUCGCUGAGUCUCUCCUCCGUGCCGCCCAGGGCGAGAAGGGCGUUGUUGAGCCCACUUUCGUUGACAGCCCUCUCUACAAGGACCAGGGUAUCGACUUUUUCGCCUCCAAGGUUGAGCUCGGCCCCAACGGUGCUGAGAAGAUCAACCCCGUCGGCGCGGUCAACGAGUACGAGCAGAAGCUCCUUGAGGCCUGCCUCGGCGACCUCAAGAAGAACAUCCAGAAGGGUAUUGACUUCGUUAAGGCCAACCCUUAA